CGUGAAGAACACGAGUAUGACACGAUAACGGAAGUCACGUAUUUUAAAAGAUGUUCAUAACCAAGUGUAAGACGUUAGUUAUACAAAAACGGUGUUUGCGAUAUCAUCGAAAUGGACAUUCGAAGAUUUUUAAAAAAACCACGACUAGAAAAAGAUGAGAUAGAAACUAGUUUCAAUAACCUGUCACAAUCAACUGAACCAGCAGAAAAAGCAUCUACAGAUACAAGUGUAAUUCCAAAGUUUGUGUACCCUCAUGAUAUAGGGUUAUAUGUGAAUAAACCUGCAACUGAAAGUAUUGACUUAAUACCGGGACUUCAAAAUUUGAUAUGGACACCUCCAGAAGACUACAAAUUUCCUGUUUCCGAAAAUAGAAAUUUCAAAUUUCAAAGAAGUUGGUUACUCAAAUAUAAAUGGUUGGCUUAUUCAGCAUUUAUGAAUGGCGCAUUUUGUAAGUAUUGUGUAUUGUUUUCUAUACGAAGUGGAGGAAUUGGACAUCAAACAUUGGGGCAGCUUGUUAAAAAACCACUUACCAACUGGAAAAAAGCUUUAGAAUCAUUUAGUUAUCAUAACUCACUCGAGUAUCAUAAAACUUCAUUAUUAAAAUCAAAUAUGAGAACAGAAAUUGAUAAUCAAAACAUUUUAUCGGUUGACUUACAAAUUUCGGAACAACAAUUAGAUUUCAUUAAUGAAAGUAAAAAAUGUUUGAUUCCUGUGAUCGAAACUUUAAUAUUAUGUGGUCGGCAGGGUUUGGCUCUUCGUGGUUCAAAAGAUUCAGGAAGAGUAACUUCCGAAGAACCUAUAACUAACGAUGGUAAUUUUCGGGCUCUUUUAAGAUAUCGAGCAAAAACUGAUGAACAGCUUAAUAAUUUUUUACAAAAUUCAGCAAAAAACGCAAUGUACAUUAGUAACCGUGUUCAAAACGAAUUUAUUGUCAUAUUUCACAAUUUAAUUCAAAAACAGAUUAUUGAACGUGUCAAUGAAUCUCGAGCUUUUUCUAUAACAGCAGAUGAAACUGCAGAUAUAGCCGGCAUAGAACAAAUUUCAAUCUGUGUACGGUAUUUAAAUUAUAAGGACAGUAAUUAUAAAAUAUGUGAAGAUUUUUUAAGCUUUAUCCCUGUUGAAGAUGUAACAGGGAAAGGUUUAUCAAAUGCUAUUUUGAAUUUCCUAGAAUAUUCUGGAAUAGAUUGUACAUAUUUAUUUGGACAAGGUUAUGAUGGGGCUAGUACUAUGAGUGGUGAAUUUCACGGAGUUCAAUCGUGGGUACUACAGAAUGAGUCGAUUGGAACUUAUAUAGAUUUACAACCAGCAGUUAUUGAUGCCUUAGAAAAUAUUUCGAGUACUUGGACAGACUCAAAAACAACAUCCGGAUCUUUUCAAUUACUAUCAGCAAUAAAAACAUUAGAAUUUCAAAUUUCAAUUCACGUUUUAAAUUCAGUACAUGCAUUGUCUUUAUCAUUGAGUAGAGUUUUACAAGCGGAAAAUCAAGAUUUAGUCGAGGCCGUGAAGUUGGCAGAUGCAGCAAAACACGAACUUGAGGAAAGAAGACAAUAUUAUACAGAUAAUUUCAACACAAUUUUUGUAACUGUAGAAGAUAUUUGCAAUAAGUACAAUAUACCUGUGACUAAACCUAGACUUGCCUCACGUCAAAUUAACCACAAAGAUUCAUGUAAAAAGUUAUUUGAAACUUAUUGUUCAAUUUUACACGACGAUUCCCCAGAAAUUUGGAUAAAUGAGGUAGAAAUUUGGCGACGACGACAAGCUGGUAAAAAUAUUCGAAACGCCCUAGAUGCCCUCGAUAUUUGUAAUUCAGAUGCGUUUCCAAAUGUUCAUAAAAUGUUAUGUGUAAUGUCAGUUUUUCCGGUGACUACAGUGACUAAUGAAAGGUCAUUUUCAACAUUACGUCGGCUUAAAACCUAUUUAAGGUCAUCUAUGGGUGAAGAUCGUUUAAACGGACUAGCUUCGUUGAAUAUCCAUCGUGACAUAAACGUGGAUAUCAACGAAGUAUUAAACGAAUUCUUUUCUACUCAUCGUAGAUUAAAUUUAUUAAAAAAAUAA